AUGUAUCACAAGGUGCAUUCCAAGCCUCUGCUGAUUGAGCAAGCCUACGACUACGGCCGAAUCUUCAAGUCUGGCUCUGAUGUGAGCAUCAUAGGGCCAUGUAAGCAAUAUUUGGUUCUGGUGGGCUCGCUGCCACGUUUCUUCGAGAUCCGGUUGCUUUGCAAAUGUGGUUCGACCCAGUUGCCCAUCCCUCCCGCGAAGCGGGAGAAGAGCUUUCGGUCCAGCAAGUUCGCGAAACAGUACCAAGUUCCACCGGAGUUUCCGGACAUUCUGAAGGACUUUACUCGCGAAGUCCUCCGCUCGCAACCUGAGAACAUCCAUGAGUUUGCCGCGAAGUACUUCGAGUGUUUGGCCAGCGGCUUACCUGCCGAUGCCGGCCAGGCAGCUGCAGCAGAAGAGCUGGACAUGUCCUUAGAUGAGGUUGAGGGAAUCAUCCAUGACCUCUUCAAAAAGUAUGACAAGGAUGCGAGCCAGUUCCUGGACCCCCAGGAGUUCAAGUCACUAAUGGAAGACCUGCAGCAGAGGUUGGACUUUCCCCGGGACGAGAUCCUCCUUUUUCUGGCUGAGGCUGACAUGAAUGCAGACGGCAUGAUCGAGUACGAGGAGUUCAUUCCCUUGGCCCUCCAGAUCAUCCAGGGCAUGUACGCGAAGAAGCGGCUGGAACAGCACAUUUCGGACGUGGACCUCCAAGCGGAGGAACUUCUGGUCCACGGCAUGUCGCGCGAGGAGCUCACGACCUUGGUUGGAAGCAUGUUUGAGCGAAUGGACGAGGACCGCAGCGGACAGCUGAACAAGCAGGAAUUUGUUGCAGCCUUGACUUCCAUGGAGCUUGGGUUAACGCGGCGGGAGAUCAAUGCCAUCAUGUUCCAAGUCGAUCAGGACCAAGAUGGCAACGUCUCCUACAGAGAAUUUGUGCCUUUCGCCUUCGAUCUGCUCCAGAAGAUGGCAUCGCUCCGGCUCUUGGAGUCCGAACUGGAAAACGACGAGCUCGCGCAGUACAUCCUGGAUUUAUUCAAAGCCAAGGAUACCGAAAUGACCGGCUUGCUGGGGCUGGAUGACAUGCGGGACCUUCUGCACCAGGCGAUGCUGGGACUAACCCGCAUGCAGAUCUACACGGUCCUAAGUGAAGCAGAGGUCAACGCAGACAACUUGAUCUCGUACGCUUCCUUUGUGCCCCGAGCUGUGGGUCUCAUCCGCUCCAUGCUCUCCUUCGAGAAGGCCAUCGUGAAGAACGACUCGGUUGCGCAGGACGAGGAGAAAUUCUUCUCCACCCUGGACGAGGCAUUUGCUGGCAGUGAAGAGCUCCCCCUGGCAGACGUCAUGGCAAAACUAUCCAGUGCCGCUCUCCUGGACGGCAAAGAGGUUGAAGCUUGUGGCAGAAUGCUGGGUACUACUUACCCCGCGGACAAAGUUCCAGUCGAAGAGGCGAAGUCUCAGAUUUGGGCUCUGGUGAAGAGCCUGCGCCGCGCCAAAACAGGAUGA